UGUUUAAACUUUAAUUUUAUAUCUAACUAUAAACUUUAAAGUUUAAAUACCUGAAAAUUGUCAAUUUUUAACUCAAAAAUGUCAUUAAAAUACAUUGACUGCCACAAUCACAUUUACGCCGAAGAGUUUAAUGAGGAUAGGGAGCAAGUUAUAGAAGAGGCUAAAAAGUCAGGUGUUCUUGGAAUGAUAACAGUUUCUGAAUUUGUUACAGACACUGACAAGAUACUUAAUUUAGCUGACAGACACCCAAAUUUCUGUUUUCCAAGUUUAGGAGUUCAUCCAGUGCAGGAGACAAAUGAUGUGCAAAGAAGUGCCACAAUUGAAGAUUUCUUGCAAAUGAAGCCAGAGAUAGUUGGUCAUGCUGAAAGGCUUGUUUGCAUUGGCGAGAUUGGGUUGGAUUUUACGCCAAGAGUCUGCCAUUCAGAGUCUGAUAAAGAGAGUCAAAGAUUGGUUUUCAGUGAACAAAUCAAACUCGCUGGUGAUCAUGACUUACCUAUAAACGUUCAUUCCCGCUCGGCUGGUCGGCCAGUUGUUAAACUUUUGAAAGAGUUGAACGCUACAAAAGUUCUCUUGCACGCCUUCGAUGGAAAGCCGUCGGUGGCGUUGGAGGGGGUCCAGUCGGGCUAUUUCUUCUCCGUACCUCCGUCUAUCGCUCGUAGCGAACAAAAAGUUAAAAUAGUUAAAGCUCUACCAAUUGAAAAUUUGUUGCUUGAAACUGAUUGCCCGGCCCUCGGACCCGAAAAAAUGGUCCGCAACAAUCCCAGCAACGUAAAGAUAUCGUGCGAGUUCAUCUCAAAACUUAAGAAUAUUGACGCCGAUCUUGUCAGCCAAAUAAUUCUUGAAAAUUCUAUCAAAUUAUUUCCGAAGUUGAAUUUGAGAUGAAUUUAUUUCUUUAGUUUUAAUUAUAAAACUAAUUAAUUAAUUAAUUUUUUUCGCUCAUAAUUUGAAGUUAUAAUGUAAUAAAUUUCAAGAUAAAUCA